AUGCUCACCUUUAAAGUUGGUGUGCAGAAUUUUCCUCACUCUUUUCUACGCUCCAUCGUCUAUGUUAAGUGUUCUAGGAUCCUUCGGAGGGUUCUUUGGGAUGAGUUGGCAACGUUAAGCAUAUCUGCUUCUGGGCCAUGGAUAGUUUGCGAAGAUUUUAAUGCGAUUGUGGACUGUUUAGAAAGGAAAGGCAGUAGACAGUUUGACGCAGCCAACUCCAUGGAAUUUUCUGAAGCCAUCAACGACGCGGGCCUUAUUGACGCCAGUUUCUCAGGUAAUAGGUUCACCUGGCGUAACAACCAAGCUGGCACUGCAAGGGUGUGGGCCAGAUUGGACAAAGCUUUUUGUAAUUCAAACUGGGUAUCGCAAUUACCUUGCUUCGGGGUGGCCCAUUUGCCACGAACUAGCUCAGAUCACGCCCCUUUGCUGUUGUCUUUUCCUCAGCCCCCACCUUCGAUGGUUAAACCUUUUCGCUUUCAGAGGAUGUGGUCUCUCCAUGACUCCUUCUUGCCCCUGAUUAAGGCGGCCUGGGAGGGGGAACAGUCCCCUCAUCCGAUGAUUAACAUGCUAGUCAAGCUCAGGCAGGUCAAGGAGUCAUUGAAGGUUUGGAAUAGAGAGGUCUUCGAGAAUGUCUUAAAAAAUGUGAGGCUAGUGGAGCAAUCCCUAGAGCUGAUCGAGAGACACUCACAGUCCAAUCAGGUGGAGGUCCCCUCUGACGAGCUACUCUAA